GAGGAGGAGAGUCUCGUCGCAGCCACAACCGUGGAAGGAUCUCUCGUGAUCUGGAACCUGGAAGACGACUCCUCCUCAAUCGCGUUCCAGGAGAGGGCGGAGAUGCUAGGACAUGAGGGUAAAGUUACAGGAUGCAAACUCCGCACAGAGAUGCAUACGGCUUUGACGUCCAGUGAAGAUUUCACUCUGAAGGUGUGGGAUAUCCGGAGGGGGAUUUACAAGUCGUUCGAAGCUCAAGACGAAGUUCUGGACUGCUGCUUCAUCCCCAACGGCACGAGACUUCUCGGAGUGUGCAAGGACGGGAAGAUCGUCGUGUGGGAUGCAAGGCGGGAAGACAGGCUGCUCCUGUCUAUCGAUGCGCAUGAUGGGUGGGCUACUUGCUGUGACGUCACCGAAGACGGGUUGUAUGGUUUGACGGGGGGGUCGGACAAACUGGCCAAAGUCUGGGACCUGAGGGGGGGAAAGUUGAUUCAGGCCUUGUCGGGUCAU